ACGUAUACUAGAAGCGCUUCCGCCAAUAAACAAGUUGUCUGCGCAUGCGCUUAGAGUAGCGACAAGUGAGAGGCGCUGGGACAACGUGAGUCUACUGGAAGCUGUGUAUCUCUCUGAGAUAGGGAGAAACUCCCGAGGAGGCAGCCACCAUGUCUAUAUUCACACCAACCAACCAAAUCCGCCUGACCAAUGUGGCCGUCGUGCGGAUGAAGAAGGGAGGGAAACGCUUUGAAAUCGCUUGUUACAAGAACAAGGUUGUGAGCUGGAGGAGCGGAGCAGAAAAAGAUAUUGAUGAAGUGUUACAGACCCACUCUGUAUUCAUGAACGUAUCUAAAGGUCAGGUUGCUAAAAAAGAGGAUCUUGUCAAAGCAUUUGGGACUGAAGAUCAAACGGAAAUCUGCAAGCAGAUUUUGUCAAAGGGAGAGCUGCAGGUCUCUGAACGAGAGCGGAGUACCCAGCUAGAACAAAUGUUCCGGGACAUUGCAACUAUUGUCGCAGAAAAGUGUGUGAAUCCAGAAACCAAGCGGCCAUACACGGUAAACCUCAUUGAGAGAGCUAUGAAAGACAUCCACUACUCAGUGAAGGCAACUAAGAGCACUAAACAACAGGCAUUGGAAGUCAUAAAACAACUUAAGGAAACUAUGAAGAUAGAGCGUGCUCACAUGAGGCUGCGCUUUAUGCUUCCUGCCAAAGAUGGGAAGAGAUUGAAAGAAAAGUUGAAACCACUGAUAAAGCUAGUAGAAAGUGAAGACUUUGACCAAGAGCUGGAGAUUGUAUGUUUGAUUGAUCCUGGCUGCUUCCGAGAGAUUGAUGAGCUGAUACGUUGUGAAACAAAAGGGAAAGGCACCCUAGAAGUUCUCAGUCUAAAGGAUGUCGAAGAAGGAGAUGAGAAGCUUGAAUAAGAAUUCCAAAUAUCUAGUAAAAGACUAGGUCAUACCAUUCUGCAGCUGACAGCCUUUUGUUCGCAGCAGCUACAUUUUGCUCUUCUAACCUACAUGUAAACAAUGCCACAUUGUAUAGGAAAUAUUAAUUUAUAAUUCUAGCCUGCUUAUAAGGUGUCAAAGAAAUAACUGCAAAUAUUUAAACAUUUUGUGCAAUAGUGCUUUGCUGCAUUUACAAUAUCUAAAAACACUGCAGUGUUACAUUUACAGAAACUGAAUAAAAUAUGAAAUCACAAGUCUUAGAGGAUGAUCACCUAUAUAUAUUUUUUAUUAUUAUUAUUUUUCAAUGCAUAGCAAACACUCAAAUUACACAUAUAACACCAAACGGUGUAUAAUAACUGAACAUUCUGCCUUUAUUAAACCUCCUUCAAGCAAAAAAAAAUAAAAAUUAAUGAUUUCACUUUAUUGCAUAUGCUUUUCCAGAUUAACUAGUGGAAAAAGACAGAUUGUCUAAAUUUCUAGAAACAUAUAUUAUUUAGUUCUGAUGCUUUGUCAUUUCCUUUGGUCUACCUGUAUUUUACUUUUAUAUCAUUCAUAUUUUGUUUAUACUUGUACACACAGCUGACUGGAACAACCAAGAUCUUUUACCACAUUUCAUGUGGGUUUUCGCUGCAGACAAUUCUGCAUUUUUGACUACUGCCGGUAAUAGUUAUGCAAAUUACAAAGUGAUCCUCAACAUUAAGAGAUUCCAAAACUUGUCUUUACGUGUUUGUUUGAAGGAUUUUUCAUGAAGCUUGACCUGUUCCACUAUUAAACAUUGUUUUUGUCAUAUUUAUGAUUUGUGUAUUUGCUAUGAAGAUAAAAAAAAAACAGGAUGAUCAUCCUCUAAGUGUAAGGAUUCCAUUGUUUUUGCAAGGGUGUGUAUUUAAAAUACUAUUCACUGUUGUUGAGAAACUUCAUAUAGUGGGUUAGGACUAGAGUUUAGGAUGAGGCUGUAUAAUGUGCCUGUCAUCCAGCUAAUAAUGGAAUGAGCCUUGUCAGCAGCUGCUCUGUUCACACUAUGGAAUGUCCACACAGAUCUCAGUGGAAUUAUUCUGCUCAGGCCUCACAACGGAAAUUCCAUCCCGGCAUUGCGUGAUUCUGCCCAAAAAAUUGAACAUGUUUAAUCUUCUGGCAGAAUCCGCCAGAGAAGUCCAGGCACUGUAGUUAACAGGAUGACUUCCUCUGGAAGCGCCGCCUCCAGAGGAGGCAACUGUUAGUACAAUAUGAUGGAAAUUCCAUAGUGUGAACGGGGCAUUAAGGCGCCCAUACCAGGGCUGUGGAGUCGGUAGAUAAAUGUUCCGACUCCGCAGUUUUUUGUACUUCCGACUCCUCUGUAUUAAUAUGCAAAUGUAUUUAUAAACACUUACAGUGGAAUCCAAGAAGCUGUUCCACCAAGUUCUUCUAAGCUCUUCUAGCAGAGAGAGGUAGUUGGGCAGAAGCUGCUGCCUUCUCCUUUUUGUGUGCUGAUCUGCUGCUGAAGAUAGGGCAGUGGGAGGAUCCAGGAAGAGGCAUUUAUUAUAAAACAUGAUUUCCCUAGUAGAAUCCCAUAGUUAUGUUUAAAGUUUAAGCUAACAUUCGGAGUUUACAAGUUUUUAUAGCCUCAGCUGAAUGACAGUAGUUUUUCCAAUGGUUUACAGCUUCAGUCUUGAACCAUUGACCCUCCAUUCCCUUCACUUAUACAAGUGUCUCUAGUCCUGCAAAAAACAUAUUUACUUUAAUCCCUUAUCAGUGAGAGGCUAGGUUACCCAUGGGUUCCCUGUAACAGCAGAACACAACAAUAUGGAAAGUAUAUGUAUUGCUGCUCCUAAUUUUGCGUUGUGUGCCAUAUAGUAAAGCACAUGAAAAGCUUCUUCACGGUCCCUUAACGUGUUCAUUUUGCGGUUACGUGAGGCACUGCAUGCAUUGGUCUUUAUUCUUACAGUAGAGAAGUCAUUAAUUAUAACUUUUUGUGAAUUGGGACAUUUAAACUUGCUUUUUUUUUUUUUAUU